AUGGAAGCUCUCAUUUCUCAGUUCACCUUCCUCUCCGAUCAGGCCCUGCAAGACAAGAACUUUGAUCCAUCGACAAUCGAAGACCUUAUGAAGCUUUUCGAGAUCGAAGCUUACAAAGCCUGGGCAGCCGUGGAGCUGGAACAAGAGAAAGAGGUCAAACAAGCUGAGAACUCCAUGAAAGAAGCCGAGGACUACCUCGACUCGGUCAUGGAAAGCGCCAUGGAAGAGUUUCGAAGGUUUGAAGAAGACGCUGAUCGUACUACUAGGAUUGAACUCAAAGGCUUGGUUGUAGUUGCAGAGAAUGCGAGGAAGAUGGGGAAGUCUAUGGAGACAGCGGCCACCAUUGCAGCGAAGAAGUAUAUUGAAGCUGCUGUUAAUUCUGCUGGUGCUUCGAUGAAAUCGGCCAUGAAAGCUCUUUCCUCUAAUUCAAAGAAGGUUCAUCCUUCUUAG